AUGGUCGGCACUGGCAGAGGCGACGCCUCCAUACAACAAUUCUUCUUACCAACACCCCACUCUUCACCAGCAAAGAAGCAAGCAGUCUCACUGACCUCGGAUCCCCUCGUCGGCGACGGCUUCACAUCUCAAGAGGUCCAAGAAGCGCUGAAACCUAAGCCCAUCGACUCGUGGCACCCUGAUCAUGAGUACGUCGACUGCGGCAUCAGCGCCCUUCAACCCGGACCACAAGCUGUGACAUUCAUGGGCCGCAUUGCCAACAUCUACGACGUGGUCAACACUCCCAAAACGCCGCGUUCAGCCAAGGGCUGCGUUAAGCUCUGCGUCAAGGACUGCGAUGCAGCGAUCACAGUCCGUCUAUGGUACGCUUCACGCAUGCCGAAUCUCAGACUGGGACAGCAGAUCUCGAUAUGGACCAACCACAUCAGCAAUGGUGAGAGUGGAACUCUGUCUAGUUCCAGCGCACCUCUGUUUGCCUCUCUCUUCCCGGAGCGUGAUCGUAACUGUCACUUAAUGGUACACAACCACAGCGACAAUGGCAUGUUCAGAAUACCACUGGGGUAUCGAGCAGGUCUACCUCUCAACGGGCUCAUGACGCUGCAAAACUUCAUUGACGGUGGCUACGAUGUUAUCGACGCGAAGAUAUUGGUAGUCGUCAAGAGCAUUGGCGCAAAGAAGAAAGUGACGCGCAAGGACGAGAGCACUGUCGAGAACAUCAACUUGCAGGUCCACGAUGAUACUGCAGAGGCUACGCUGGGUCUGUGGGGCACGCUAGCUUUUUCACCAUUUGGCCAGAGCAUAGAUGCAAGUGUGACCGAUGCAGAAGAGUCCACCACAAGACACGGCUGGGUACCAGGCGAGACCGUGCUUCUCAUGCAAGCCCCUGGCUGGAAGUUCGGGCGGACGACGUACCUCAGCUUUACCUCCACGACCAUUCUGGAUAUUGACCCAGACAUUCCUGAUGCUGACUGGCUCCGACGCUGGGCACUGCGCCAGAAAAGCAGAGAAGCGAUCAAUCCCCCCUUCCCAGAAGACGUCUUCGAAAUCGAUGCCCUGACCAUAGGCCCGAUACGAUGCCUUUUCACCAUUGGCGAGCUGGACGAAUUCGCGCGCUGCGCCCCAAACGAGACCUUUCAAGGCUACCUGAGCAUCAUCAUCAUGGAGACCAAACUCCUCGACCUGUGGAGGCGCAACAUGCUCCUGUCGAACGAGUGCUGUAACAUUCCGAUUUACGCCAAUGCCCUUACAGUGCAAUGCAAAGGCUGUGACCAAGAAGUCCAGCUCAGACUCAAUCCCAAGAUACUCGGACAGGUCAUUGACGAGACUGGUUCGAUUUCCGCCGGCAAGAUGCUCUUCUCAGACCAAGCGUGGCGGAAUCUAUUGGGCAGGGGACCAAACGACUUGUUACAGCUUGGCUACGAGGAGAUCAAAUAUCUGGCGGAUCGCCUGCUCUUCUGUCGAGUGUCUCUCAUGUUUGGCUGGACAGGAGACGAGCGCAAAGCUGGAGGCCGAGUCUGUGUUCUUGGUGUUCGCAUGUGA